AUAAUCGGUGUAAACUAGACCUAUGAUUUUUACCACAGAUUUCUAAGUAUGUAGAAGUCUAUGGUUUUUAUAUCAUGUGAUUUUACUUUUGACGUAUGCUCGAUAAAUAUUUUUGUAUAUAUUUACUUGGUCAAUUAUUAAUAAGGAACAUUGUUAAUGACGUAUAUAAUUUAUGAUGUCAUUGUUAGUGGAUGCAAUCACAUAUCGGGAAGUUGUAGCAGAACAUGUUAUAAACAUAAAUAUUUUAAGACAAAUAGAAGAUGAUCUGGAUAUAGAUGAAAAAAUUUCUAUAUUAUUUUUAAUAAUAGAUAAUUAUGGAACAGGAUUUAACACUGUUUUCAAACUUUUUCAAAUACACAAGACAAAAGAUGCUUAUAUAAUUGCAGAUUAUGUAAAAAACCACCCAGAAAAUUGGGAAGAGAAAAUUUUAGAGGCAUUAUGUAUUUUGAACAAUCGAGAAAUAUUAAGAAAACUAAAAGUGUCGUUCAGUGAUUUAGAGUUACAGUAUUUUCCAAAGGUCAUCCAUUCGAGAAACAUAAAUAUAGUUGCAAAAUGUUUAUAUAAAUUAUGUGAAUCUUUGGAUGAGAAGGAAGAAAACUUAUUACUAAACUAUGUUAAAUCUGAAAACUGUAAUUAUGAAUCAUUAUUAGAUAAUGUAGACUACCUUGAAUUACAUAUGCUUUAUUGGAUACAAAUUGGAUAUAUAACAAUUUCAAAAGAUAAACUGCAUAAUAUAAAAAAAUUAUUGAAACAUUUGAAAGAAUUUAAAGAUGGCCGGUUAAAAAUAAUUUGUAUUGAAUUGGAAAAAUUUGAAACUAAUCUACAUGUUGUCGAUAAUUGUGGAAAUUUUAGAACAAAUGAUAAAAAUUACUUACAGUCAACUUCACCAGAAGAAUCGACUCUUACUGAAAGACAUCUCUGCAAAAAAACUAUUAAUAGUGGAUUAUGUAUUAUUAUAAAUCAAAUACAUUUUAGGAAAGAGUAUGAAACACGAUACGGAACAGAAGCCGAUUGUAUUACUUUAUGUGAAACAUUUAAAGCUUUUGGGUUUAAAGUUGUGAUACUUCAAAAUCUGAAGAGAAACAAAAUGUUAGAGAAGCUAAGAAACAUUUCAAAAGACCAUGGUCAAAAUUAUGAUUGUUUGUUUCUUUGUAUUUUGAGUCAUGGAUAUAAAGGUGGUGUAAUUGCAUCAGAUGAGAAAGAGAUUUCUCUAGAAACAAUUGAAAAAACUAUUUGUUGUAUAGAAUUGAGAGAAGUUAUAAAAAUUGUUAUUAUUCAAGCCUGUCAAGGAAAGACACAAGGAAUUAAUCAUCUAAGAACAGAUAGUUUAUCUGAUUCUUUUGCACCUGUAGAAGAGAGAGAGGAGAGAGAAGAGGAUAUACGGCAAUUUGACAACUUUUGUAUGUUCAUGUCAACAAUGCAAGGUUUUUUGUCAAUACGUCAUAAAGAAGAAGGAUCAUGGUUUAUACAAGAAGUUUGUAAAAUCUUCAAAACUUAUGGAAACGAGUUAACUUUUUUUGAUUGUGUCAGAAAAAUAAUGAAAUCAGUACGAGAGAAAGAAGGAACCAUUGAUGGCAAUCAGAUUGCCCAAUCAUCAGAGAUAAGAGUGGAUCGAUUGCUAUCAGAUUUUCAAUUAAAACAAAGUACUCUUGCAGUUUGACUAAACAUUAAAUACAUUCUGUCAAAUAAAUACUGGGAAUUGUUCAUUUAAAAAGCCUGCGUAAAAAUAUGAACAAGAAUCAUUUGCUGUAAGUUGGUACCAAUGUACCUAAUUGUCACGUAAAGUUUUGGCGCCAUCUGUCAAUCAGUUUGUUUAUAGCUGUUAGUUUUGUUAGUUGACCUCAAGUACGCUUUGCGAUUUUUAAAAUGGAUAAAAAUAUCGAACAAAGAGUUUAACAUCAAACAGGUAAUAAACAAUAUUAUCCUUGUACGCAAAUUUUUGACCAGAAGCUUAACGAAUGUCAUUGACCAAGCACCGUAUUUGCCAGAUAUGGCCCCGUAUGACUUUUUCUUGUUCCCAAACUCAAAUUACCACUUCGUGGAAGAUAUUUUGAGUCCAUUGAAGCCAUAAAACAAAAUUUGCCGAAGGAGCUAAAGGCCAUACCGAAAAGUAUGAAUAUACAUAUAAGAUAGUGAAGUGUUGUAUAAGAAGUGUUUUGAUGACUGGAUUAUUUGUUCGCAUAAGUGUAUUGCUUCAAAUAGGGCCUAUUUUGAAGGCAACAACAUAAAUUUGGAUGAUUAAACCAAUAUUUUGUGUUUUGUUGAAUAAUUCUUGGUAUUUAUUUAACAGAGUGUAUACCUUAUAAAUAAAUACAUUCAAGGAA